AGUCAGCCGUCAGCCGUUGUGUGAGUCGGCACUUUUUGAUAAAGUCCGCGCGUGGCAGGUGCGGGUGUCGCCGAGUCGACUAACUCCAACCUCAACCUCAGUUCUUGUCGACAAAGCAAAAAACUAAUAAUUAAAAUUUGCUUGCGCGCCUAGAGAAAUAACAGCACAUCUUCUCCCCCUGCUACAUACCGCGCAUGAAAAUAAUAUCAUCGAUUACAGUUAUCGAAGACAGUUCUGUUCAAAUUUAGAAAAUUGUAUUAUACAAAUUAUUGUACAAGCGAACAAGGAAUUAUCUCGCCGAGUUACUGCCUCAUAUCGUUAUCGGCCGAAUAUCACAUAAGCUUUUCAAACCAUUUAAAACUAGGUUCUACAACAUAUAGAUACCGGUAUUUUUAAAUCUUCAUUCAAGGAAAACCAAGCAAUUUUUCGAUUAUAAUAGUAUUGACCAAAUAAUAAGAAAUAAAUCUUUUCUAAGCUUGAAUAGAUUGGUUCAAAGAAUGAUUUAUAAAAUCUCUUUAAAAUUUUAAAAUAUCUUCUUAUAAACUUAUCUAUAGAACUAAUAAAACAAUCCUAACAGAUCUAUGAUAUGAUAUCAAGUAAUCAACUUGUACAAUUAAGAUUAAAGCUAUAUUUUUCUACAAUAACUCAAUUAUUGUCCGUAGUUUUGGAGGAAGAGAUAUAAUCACAACGCAAUAUUAUUAGAUAGUGCUAACCUAUAUAUCUAUAAGAGUCGACACUAUCCUGUGUCUCAUGAGUAUGAAUUUCAUCUGAAAUAAUUGAUGCUCUCCGAAAUUCAACGUCGGUUUUUACAAUAGAAAAAAACUUCUCAUCGUAACGAGUGAGUGAGUGUGUUUCGAAGACAAGUUCUUAUUCAACGAGCAAACAUCUCAGCAACUGAUGGAGAAGGAUCUGAGGAGCAGAGGAGGAUCGACGCUGGCGAUGAUGUGGUGAUGUGGUGGAGGUGUCGACUGGAGCAGGGGGCCGGGGGACGGUGGAGGAGGGUGGUGAUGGUGGGAUGGUGGCGCUGCUGGCCAUGAACCGUGCCGAAGAGGUGCAGCUCUACCACAGGUCCAGGGAGGUGCGACUUAUCAGGGGCGGCAACCCAGCGACUGCUGCCGCUCCCGACGACGACGAUCUCGUGCUCAGUGUCGGCAAGGCGCCUCUCGCCUCUCAUCCGCCGCCGCCGCCUCCGCCUUCACAUCACACUGUCAACAUCAAACAUGAGGUCAGCCACCGACGCAUGCCGCGCUACGGAGAGGCACACCACAAACGCGUGCCGACGCCGAUGAAGAAGCGACGUCCACGGCGUCGCAGCAGCUCGCCGGGCGGAGAGUCGUCUGCAGGCAGGGACGGUGGGGGGGUCACCGAGGAUGGCGGCACUGAUGAUGAAGAGGGGGACCCGCUUCAGGGGGGCCAGAGACCCCCGUCCGGCGCCACCCCUCCCCCACCACCGCCUGGCGUCCCCGACCCCUAUUACCCCAUCUACCUCCCCAUCGACCAAGCCUUCAAAGCCAAGUACGUGUUUCACCAACGACGCGGAAAGUCGUUCCAAGAAAAAGUCUACGUCUUCCUCGAGCAUCCUGUAGGCUGGAUAUGCUUCGUCUACCAUUUUUCUGUAUUCAUGGUUGUGCUGGUGUGCCUGAUAUUCAGUGUUCUGUCCACCAUCGAUGCAUAUUCUAGUUUUGCGAAUGAAACUCUAUUUUGGAUGGAAAUCUGCCUGGUGGUGUUCUUCGGUGUGGAAUACAUGGUGCGGCUAUGGUCGGCCGGCUGCCGCUCCAAGUACAUGGGAUGCUGUGGACGCUUCCGCUUCGUCAGGAAGCCCAUCUGUAUUAUAGACUUGAUAGUAGUGGUAGCGUCGCUGGUGGUACUGUCAGUCGGCUCCAAUGGUCAGGUGUUUGCCACGUCAGCAAUUCGCGGUAUUCGCUUCCUGCAGAUUCUGCGCAUGCUCCAUGUGGACCGACAAGGAGGCACGUGGAGGCUUCUCGGCUCGGUCGUCUUCAUACACAGACAGGAACUCAUAACAACUUUAUACAUAGGAUUCCUGGGUCUGAUAUUCAGCAGUUAUUUUGUCUACUUGGCUGAGAAGGACGCGGUCGGCCCCGAUGGAAAAUCCGGAGACUUUGCCAGUUAUGCGGACGCUUUGUGGUGGGGAGUGAUCACAGUAACAACUAUUGGAUAUGGUGAUGCCGUUCCACAGACUUGGAUGGGCAAAAUCGUUGCUUCCUGCUUUAGUGUUUUUGCUAUUUCAUUUUUCGCUCUUCCAGCGGGAAUCCUCGGCUCUGGAUUUGCACUGAAAGUGCAGCAGAAGCAGAGACAGAAGCACUUCAACAGGCAGAUUCCAGCAGCGGCGAUGCUCAUCCAGUGCUUGUGGCGGUGCUAUGCGGCUGACAAAAGCUUCAAUUCGCAAGCAACGUGGAACAUCUACCUCAAAGAUCCAUCCAACACUAAAGAUAGUGCUCCCACCAAGGUAAAGUCGCUGAUGCUGCAGGUGGCAAAAAAGGCCAGUGUUCUGAAGAGAAGGAAAUCGCGCAACAAGAUGGAGCCGCCCAGUACAACACAGAGCACGAUCACCAGCGUCGGAGGCGGCCCGGACUUCAACAACCCCAACGCCAAUGCGCUCGCUCCCGCCGCCGCCAAUCGCCGCGAGAGCGAGGGUGAUGUCGUCUUCUACAUCGAAGAGCCCAAAGCUGGUACUCCAAAUCGUGUGCGCCGAGAGGGCAAUCGAGGUUUUACCAGUCAAACAAGCAGCGUAACAGAAGUUGCAAGUGACGAGAUGGAUCUUGAAAUAGAGCCAGAACGUGUCACAAUGUGUAACAACAACAAUAUGGGCCAACUUGAAGUCGAGAACAUUGACAGUGAAAAUACUCUUCAGGUUCCACGAUCAUUGAAUUGGUUAACUGAAGUGCACAAAAACGCAAUCCGUGCCAUUCGUAAGAUAAAAUACUUUGUGGCAAGGCGGAAAUUCCAACAGGCAAGGAAACCGUAUGAUGUGAGAGAUGUUAUAGAACAAUAUAGUCAAGGCCAUCUCAACAUGAUGGUUAGGAUAAAGGAGCUGCAGAGGCGGCUUGAUCAGACUUUGGGGAAACCCGGUAGCUACUUGGCCGGCAUCGACAGAGCUGGCAACAUUAAACCAAUGACUAUUGGUGCAAGACUGUAUAGAGUGGAGCAACAGCUUUCAAUAAUGGACAAGAAGCUGGAUCACCUGGUGUACAUCCUAAACUCGCAGAGCCACAAGCACCCGGCAGUCGAGGAGCAGGUGUGACCUUUGACUCUGUGCCUGGACACCAUCACUAAGUGCACGGGCACCAGCGGGCACGGCGGUUGUGUUAGUACUAGUUUGUAACAAACAAUCACUUUUUAUCAUAGGAUAGCCUCUAAACAAUUCGAUCCCACUUUGGAUUUUAUCUUUCCAAAUCAGCCUCUCAAGGUACUUGGAACAACUAUGUUAUUGUAAUGAAAACGAUUCUGCAUUCAUAAUGACAUUGAAUUAUAAUUCAACAACUUGUUAUUGUUAUAGUUUUCCAUAAGCUGAUUUAAUUCAUUCCACAUUUUGAUGGAGAAUUAUUGAAAGCUUUUCUUCAUAAUCUUUCAUAACUGAAUUUUUUUCCUUUGGAUGAUCCUUGAAAGAAUAUGAACUUGAUAGUUAAUCGAAGUGGAAAGUGGAGUAGAUUAGAUGUGAUGAUAAUAUAAGUACAGUAUUUUAAAAAUCAAAAUAAUUUCACUGUAAGUUUUGCAAAAUCACUUCAUAGUGUAAAUUGUAGGUCAAGUUGAUAGAAUCCAAGGUGGGACCAUAAAGGUAGGUACCUAGAAUUGAGAAAGCAAUUCAAAAAAUGUAAAAUGAUCUUAUAAUAAGCUUAAACAUAAUAAGGUGGCUUGUAAUGUCACUGCUUCAAUGGCUUGCGAAAAAAUAUUAAAAUUGCGAAAUAAAUAAUUUCAAUUUUUUUCAUUAUUCUUGAGCCUAUUUUUUAAUAAGAAAAUCUUAGCAAAUAACUUACAGAAUAGCAAAUUAUAUAUUUCAGUGACUUCCCUAUUUGGGUUCUAUGUUAUGAGUCGAAGGAAGACUUCAUUUAUGCAAUGUUAUUUUCGCCAACUAAUUGGAUACAUUGAAAAACUGAUAAACUCUCUUGAUUAUGUUACAAAAUUGAAAUUUUUGGGCUUAGCUAAAUAGUUGAUAUUAAAGUGUACAGUCUCAUUCAUAUAGCCUAAUCAUAAUGGGUUAUUAUUUAUCAGUCAUUCAGGUAAGAAGGAAUUACCUUCUUUAAAAAUAGUUGUUUUCUAUUAUUCUUAUUGGUUUUUGGAGAGAAUUGUCCUGUGAGGAUUUUUCUUCAUCUUCGAAGCUCAAUUUUAGGUACCUAUUAUUUCGAUAUUUGAGACGCGAUAUGUUAGAUGCAAAUGGUUCAUAUAUUAUUAUGAUCAUCUUCCCGAAUACUGUAUUCGUUGAAGGAAGAGCAGAACAAACUGCAGUGACAUGGAGGAUCUACACAGUCCAAUGUCGUGGAAAAGAUUGUGGAAGCCACUUGAUUCCAUCAGUUGAAGAUUAAACAAUUGCACAUGAACAUAAGCAGAACUGGUGAAGUUCUUUGAAAAUAUUAUUGCUAGAAACAAUUAGGUCAUGAUGUAUGAAAUCCUAUCAACAUUGCAAUUUGCUGUGCUCUUCCUUCUGAUGAGUGUGAUAUGUAAAUUGUAAAAUGCUCUCCAUUUGUUGAUAAAGAUUCUAUUCAUGUAUUUUAUCUUAUAGCGUAAUCGAGUGGUAAAUUAUUUCCAAGCUAGGGUUAUAAGUGCGGUAAUUCUCUACAUAUUUCGUAAUUAAAAAAAAAAACACUAGCCAAUGUUAUUUUCAUACACAAAUUAAGCUGAUAUUCUUCGGAGGACAUUGAAAUAAUAUCUAAGUCACAUUAUUUGGAAAAUUGAUUGGAGUUUAAGUAUAGGAAACAAAGUUAAUUUGUUACUGAUGAUUCAAGUUAUUCUUUGAAUGGAAACGAAAUUAAACAUUGGAAAGAAAUUAUAAUUGAAUAAAAAUUUCAGAAUAAAAACAUUCUGAUAGUGCAACUUUCAAAAUAAUUUAAACAGCAAACUAUUAUAAUGCCUAGGGCAUCAUAAUUUCCCUGUGAUCAUCCAGUCUGUAAUGACAACAAGGAAUUCUGCCUUCCUCGAGAUAUGGUUGUUGUACUGAAUAGUGUAACUUCUCAUCAGUCUCCCUUGUAUAAUUUGCUUGAAUAUGUAAUCACUAUAACCAUAUUAAAAAUAUGAUACGAGAUACAGGGCUAUAGAAUUGCAUUCAGUAUUGGAUUUUUAACAAACCUGGUUUGAAGAAAUUGCUAAUAAAGUUUCAGUCUCUUGAUGUACCGUAAUAUUCUUGAGCUCUCAAACAUAGGUAGUUGCUUCAGAAGCCGUUGCUAAAUUUUAUAUUGGAAACCAUGAAUUCCAUUAAGUGAUAUUUUCGGUUUGUAAUCAAGAUAUUUCACAUAUGAAAACUUGUCUGAAUAGUAAUUGGGCAUUGAAAUAUAAUAUGUGUACCUUGGGCCUGAAACCAAUGUGUGUUCCUUCUGUGAAUAAGUUGUGUAAAUUGAAAUAAAAUACCUAAUGUAACUGACAUACUAAAAUUAAAUGAAAUGAUUUUCAUUACAUACACUAUAAAUCUGUUAUUUAAAUACACUAUGAAUCUAUCAUCAGGAACAAAUUACUUUGAAUUAUGAACUGUCCAUCGAAGUUGUUCAACUGGGAGUAAUACUUGUCGUACAAUCCAAUAAUAUAGGUAGCCUAUUAUGUGAAUGGAAUGUUAUUUCUUCGAAAAUAUAAUAAUCUAAUAAUCUUGUUAUCAAAGCCUUGCUUGAACUAAAAUAAUAGCCUAUAAUAGUAUGGGUGAUAGUAGUGUAGUAAUAAUUACGGUACGGUAAAUAAAGAUAAAAUUGAGGUACCAUAGUUUUUUACUCUUAGAUACAGUAUUCACUUGACAGAUAACUAGGAUUGUAGUUUGAAAAUAUCUUGCCUAUAUGCUUGCUUAUGUACUCCAUUGAUUUAAAAUUGAAAUGUUAAAUGCUCCCAGAUCCAAGAAUCGGAACAAUAUUAAAUUACGGCGAUAAAUUAAAAAAAUUAUGACAUAUGUCUCCUUCAAGGAAAUAAAAGCCUAUUUUUUGUGAAUAUUGUAUGGAUGACUUUUGGCUAUUUUGUGACUGAUAAUUGGCAACGUUCAACGAUAGCAGGUUUUAUUAGUUAUCAAUUAUAAUUGUCAUAACUUUUACAAAAAACCAUAUUAUGAAUCUGUAGAACGUUAUGCGAUUAUUCUGAAUGAAGAUAUAGGAAACGCCCAGUUGUUGAUGAUUCAGCUUUUCUUGAAAACAGAAAGUGAAGUCAGGCUCAAUUUUAGUCCAAAUUGGAAUCAGAUUCCAAAUUUUUCGUUCUGCACAAAAAAAAAGAUUGAAAAUUAUUUCUAAUAAUAAGAACAUAAUAUAGGCUAUUUUAUUCAUAAUGCGUGAUAAUAUUCACUAAAUUUCUAUUCAUCGAACAGUAAAAUAGUAAAAACAGUAAAAACUACUAUUGAGAAGCCAGGUUAUACAGUAAAAAUAUUAGGUAUCUUAACUUACUUAUUUUUGUGUAAAUUAUUAGUCCUAUAGGUAUUUCUCCAAAGUUGAUUUGAAUAAUGGACGUUCUGAGAUUCAUUAAUUUCAACAAAUUUAUUUGCAGAUUUGCAGUUUUUCAUUUUUUUUUUAAAUAUUGAAAUUAACUUAUUCCCCUUUGAAAAAAUACAAAUUUUUCGUUUGGAAUAAUUAUUGAUAAAUCUCAUAACAUCAGUUUUCAAAUUGAUUUUGAAGCAAUAACUUUAUUGAAAUGUCCUGGUAUUUUACUCAUGUAAUAUUCAUCAUAUUCUAAUGUAUAUUCAUCAUAAUCUUACACUCUCUUCAUAUUCACACACAUUCGGUUCGGUUCGGUUCGGUUUGCGGCAAAUUCUGAUAAGUGUGAAACGGUGAUUCGGAUUGAAUUCGGUUCCGAAUAGCAACCGCAUAGCACCGAACACCCCUUCGACACGAAUAGGUUUUAUCAUAUUCGUUGCUAGGAAACAGGAAAUAAUAGCAAAGUCUUUUACACACGCUCGCUUUUUUUGUUUUUAUUUUAACCUGAUAUCGUGAUUAUCUGUUUAAAAAUCUUCCAUGUCAAAAUCAUAGGGACAAUUCAUUUUUGUUAGUACCCUGGAGCAUUUAUUUUUCUCAAUGAAUAUUUUGCUGAAAAAAUAUAAAGAUAAAUUAAAACUCAGGGAAAAAUUUUAUUAUUUUUUAUUUUUCCAUGAAAAUUACAUGAUUUUAUUAAUGGAGAAAAAAGAUGAUCGUUAUGUAACAUGUGUCAAAAUUCAAACACAUUUUCAAUUCAAAAGAUAAUCACUCUGAACGUUUAAAAUUAAUAUAAUCAAAAAUAAACUAUUCAAAUAGUUCACAAUUUUUAAUUUAAUUGAAAAUUUUGUUGUUCGAGAAAUCACAUCUUAAUAUUUGAACACCAGCUUUUAUAUUUUAUUACCAGCAUGAAUUAUAAUCCAAACACAGCUGUGUUUGAGAAGAAAAUACCUAAUUAGAGCCGUACGAAUUAAAACCUGAUAGUAAGUCUAAUUCGUUUUCGGCAACGAACCGAACCGAAGACGAACCGAUCCGGAUGAAACCGAAUGUGUGUGAAGCUAGCCUAAUUAAGAAAGUACAGAUCCAAUUUAAAUAUCUUCUGCUAUUAGUUACCGUAUGAAUUUGCUCAAAUUGUUGGUUUAAUUCAAAGUUAUUUUUUUAUCCAAAUACAGUAGCCUUCAUCAACUCAAUGAACUCCUUAAAACGAUCUCAAGGUUUUAUUAUAAGGUUUUCUUUAUUUUGAUAAUUUAAUUUGAAAAAAAUGAAUCUUCAUGCUGGAAUUAUCUCACUCAAGUAAUUUUGAAAUAAAAUGGAGCAAUAGAAAAAAUAUUCAACAACACUUUGGAGCAAAACAAGCCUAGACCUAGAACUAAGUUGGUGCAGGCUCUUUUCAAAACUAUUUCUCAAUGCAAGCAUUGUCUUAAAAUAUCAUAUUGUAUAUAAAUGAUAAUAAAUCAAUGAAUCAUGAUAGUUUUCAGACAUUUAAUUCAUUCAAAAAGCUCAAUUCCAUUUGCUAAAUGCUAAUGGGUGAUUACUAAGAGCAAUUAGGAAGAUUUAGAUGCUCCGAAAAUUUUAGUUUUUGCAUUCGAAUAUGUGUCAAUAUUUUUUUCCUAUUGUUGAAGAAACAGUUUUUCGGAUUUGUUUUUUAUAAUUUUGUUUGAAAUAGAAAAUCGGGUUCCAGUAUAAUGUUCUUUCUGUUCAGAUACUCAGUUUUUGAAAUGGCUUGAAGUGGUAUUGAAGUUUAAUUGAAAAUAACAUGUCUUCUCCUCUGAUUAGAAGCUGGCUCGUUCACCCAAUUACAUAAUAAUGUCAAUAUAGUGAGUCUGAUCACUACCUCCAUAAACAAAGCCGUAGUGCAUUCGUGUGACGUCAGCAUAGGUAGGGCUCUUACACCAAUAAAAACACUAGCUGAUAUAGAUCAGCUGAAAUCAACGAAUUUUUAUUGGUGUAGGAGCCCUAUCUGUGCUGACGUCACACGAAUGCACGACGGCUUUGUUUACGGAGGUAGUGGUCUAAAGAUUAGUGUGUCACGGUAGAAUUUCUUAUGUAGAUGACUAUCUGCUAUACGCUAUACAUUAAAUCACUUCACUUGAAUAAGCUACUUUAUAAAAAUUAAUAAAAACAAUAUAAAAACAUAUGUUGUACCCUUUUUAUUUAAAACACUUUAAAACAUUUCAACGACUAGUUUCAGCCUACUUUGGCCAUUUUCAAGUUAGAAUGGCCAUUUUCAGGCCAUACAUUAUUUGAUGAAUCAUUCAUAAGAAUUGGGUUUAGAUGGUUCAUUGAUUGCAGGUGAAUCAUUAAUAUUGCCCUUAUUCAAUAUUUUGAAAUAUCUUGACAAGACAUUCUGUGGAGAAGCGAGGAACAAAAUUUUGAUAUUUUGGAGUUACAAUAUAGCAUGAGAUAGGUAUCCAUAUUACUAAUCAAUGAAUUUUUAUAAAACCAUAUACCGUAGUGCAUUUUCUAUAUCUUUAGGGUCCAAUAUUUCCUAAACUUUACGCUUUUAUAUUAUAAUAGUUGCAAAGCACUGUUUGAUCUCAAAGAGGGACUCCCGAUAUAUAUGAUGACCACUCUUUCAAUAAAAAAUAUUGGAAAAUGUGAUAAAUUGAUUGUUUCUUGUUCAAAAUAACUCUUUAAUAUUUUAUAAUUAGCUUAGAUUAAUUAUUAUUAAUGUAAGCUAUAUGAAUUUUGUACAUUUUAUGUAAAUAGGUACUAUUACGCUACUAGAAAAUACGUUAUAAAAUAAAAUGUACAUAGUAUUACAAUCCUACAAAUUACCAUUUGAUAUUAAUGGAGAAAAUAUGGUUCUAUUGUAUUCAAUAAUUUUUCAUAUUACUUUUCAUGUGAUAGUUCUCUUGAUGAUGUAGUUAGAAUGGCGACUGAGAGAACCACUAUAGGAUAUCCAUUAGAUUCACUCGAAGAACCCUAUAUAUUUUUCCUGAAACAGUAAUUUAUUUCUCUUGAAGAAAUGUGUAGUGGUUAAUCCACUCAAACUUCUAUUUAUUUUUCCAGUUAAUGGAUAAUCAUUUUACAAUAACAAAAUAAGUUUGAGCAUCCUAUCUAAGUAUUUUUGCUACAGCAGAUAGGGCGAAUGUUAUCAUUCAAAUAUUCCUACAAUGAUGAUCUCGGUAAUAUGUAAAUCCUCUUUCAUAAAAGACAUCCACAAUUUUGAGAAAAACUUAUGUGAUUGUCAACACAUCGGAAAAAUUCCCAUAUAAUCUGAUUAUCUCAUCAGCAUCACUUCGAUCGCUUCAAUUCUCCAUUAGAAUAAGUAGAGUUAACAUAAGGAAUUUAGAAUAAAUAAUAAUAAACUACAAUAGUUUUAGCUUCUGUGCCUCUUUUCUAUCUAAUAUGCUAAAAAUCUAUUGUAAAUAGUAGUGUUACAAUUGGUCAUGUGGAAUCACUCCAGUAUAAUAUUUUAAAAUAUGAUAAAAACAAUAACAAUGAUAAUAAUACUGUAAUUAGCCUAUAGCGGGGUGUAAUGAUUAUAUUAUUGAUACAUCAAAUAGUCUGUAUGAAUGAAUGUAUCUUAUAGGUACAUCUUACUGAAAGUGAAUCGAUGAUCUGAUCUGAAGAAUCAAAGAAAGGUUCAUGAUAGGAUUCAAUAUUUCUAUAAAGAAUGAUUUCAUUUAAAACGUCAUCAACAUCUCCAAAUUUGAGUUUUGGUUUGAGGUAACUGUUGUAGACUAUUAUCCCUGAUUCAGUUUGAUAAAAUCAAGUAUUUCAAUAAAACUGUAAUUGAGAAAUCCUUGAUUAUUAUGAUUGGAGAUUUAUGCAUAUCAUAAGUUGAAAAUAUUAUUCAACAAUGUCUCACCUUAAAAGUGGAAUUUGUUGGCUUACCAGCUUUUUCGAAUCUAUAAGCUGAAAUUAUGACGAAGGCUUUUCUAAAUUUCUUCUUGGAAAAAAUGUACUGCCACUCAAGCUUAUGGAAUUGAACUAUCAUAAUUAUAAUAUCCUGAAUGCAUCGAUAACAGUUGAAAUUAGGUUUUUCUGGUUUAAUUGGAUGGGAUUUUAAUUUUAUUUCAAUUGAUUAUAUAACACACAUUGAUUGACAUGACAAAAGAUAAGUACAUACACUUCAAAUAUUCCAAAAAAUACAAUAAACUAUCAUGAAUCUUUCAUGUCGAAUGUUUCAACAUUAAAGAGCAUCAGGCUACCGUAAAUUUAUUGAAAUGAAAGGGUUUGUACAGGUUUUUAACUGGGAGCAAUAAGACAUAUCUGCACAAUUUGUUAGAAUAAGUAUCUACAAUAAAAAAUAUCAUAUCACUCCAUCACGUAGUAAUAAUAUGAAAUCAAAUGUAUCAAAAUUCUCUCAUGUAUCUUUUAUCAUAUAUGAAAUAAGUAUUUUAUUACAGUAUAUCAAAAGGUUUGACGAUGAAAAAAUUAUCUAUCACAUAGAGUAUAAAAAAGUAUUUAUAUCAUUAAUAUUAAUCACUUGAUAACUUAAACUAUUUAAUCUCUGUAAGAUUAAUACGUUUGCCCACCUAUCCAAUCUACAUUGAGAAAUAGAUUGAUCCCAUUGUAUCAAUCUGAAAUGUAAGUACGUGACUAGUUAAGUAGGUACCGGUACUAUUAGUACCUGCACUGCCCGACAUUAGUCAACAGUUAUGCAGCAAUAACAUUUGAAAUAAAUUGUUACUUCCAUUCAAAUCGUCACAUAUGGAAAACAAAAUUUUAUUCACAAAAAAGACAUUGGAAAAAUAAAAUUAAUAAUAUUCUUCUAUAAUAAUUAUUCCUAGUCGUUUAUCAAUUCUUCAUUAUUCUCAUUUUUAAGGAUGAUAACCUUGUCAAUGAAGAUUUGAAUAAAGAUGUGAAAGCACAUACAAUUAAAUAAUCGAAUAGAAUCCAUUAGAAUAAUUGAUAUAAUAGAUGAAUAUUAUUGAUAAAAAGCUCACAAUUAUUUUUCGAUUGAUCUAAUAAAAUAAUUUCAAUAAAAAUAUUGAAUAAAUGACUCACGAUUCUCAAAGAGAUUGCCGUUAUUGACUAUGAAAAACAUGAAUAACGAGUUAAGAAAAGCAUGUCCUUAAAAAUUAGGACAAAUAAUAGAAUGCGGCAAGAAAUACUUGAUUAUUGUUUCUAAAGCUGCGUUUACACCAAAGUUAUUAACAAAAUGUUAAUAACUUAAUCCUUAUAGAUUCUAUUAGAUUGAACUUAACUUAUCAUACACAUGAUGAUUAUAUGAAUUUGUCAAGUUCCGUUUAUUCUAAUAGAAUCUAUGAGGAUUAAGUUAUUAAUAUUUUGUUAAUAGCUUUGGUGUAAACGCGGCUUUAGUUUUCUAAGUCAGUGGAAGACUAUUGUAGUCUAUUGACUGACCAGACUCGAGCCAAAUUUGUAGGUACAUUCAAAGUUGGAUAAAUUAAAAAUAUAUAGGUACCGGUUUAUCAUUCAAAUUUCAUUUCGAUUUCUCUUCAAAACUUCAUCAUUACACUUAUUUAUUCAUUCAGAAGAAUAUGUUAUCAGUUGAAUUCAAACAUUUGAUAAUUUCAGAUAGAUAGGUAUUGUUUUUAUCAAUCAACCAUCGCUGCGUCUAUUAUUAUCUAACAUUACUCAAAAAUCAUUUAUUUUGAAUGUGAAUUCAAAUUUUAUUUCUUAUGUGUCUUCGAUCAUAACUAACUUUUGUAAUUAUUGCCUUCAAUACGAUUACUCAAAUAAUGUUACAAUUCUAAAUAAAAUUUUUAUAAAGCCUUGUUGAUAGAAUUAAUAGUCUACAUUUAGAUCUGUCGUGGUGCGAUUAGAUUUAGAAAUACAUUUUUUAUAUCUAUUUCAAAUUAAAAGAACAGGUCUACUAUAAUUUAAUGUUAAUAGUGAUAGAUUAAACUCUCCAAAAGUCUUGAUUUAUACUCCACUCAUAAAACUAUCAUUCUAUUUUCAAUCUCACCAAUUAAAAGGUUGAGUUAGUAUAAAUAAAAAAUCUGCUUAAUAUUUCUUAAUAGAAGUGUUCCUUAAUAUUUCAACAUGAAAUAGUGUGAUGGAAUUGAUAUAGCCUACCUAGUAUUACAACGUAUGUUGUUCAUUGAUUUAUUGACCUCCUAAACUGUAAUAUGAUCGGACAUAGAACAACAAAUUGAGCAUAUUAGAUAGUUUGUGGAAUAACUGUCCAACAAGUUAAAGAAAACUUUUUCAAAUUGUAUUUUCUCAACUUUCAGACCAAAUUAUUGAAAAGAAACUCCGUAAAUUGAGAAUUUUUCAUUACUUGAUAGGAAAUUCUCACUUUUAACCGUAUUCUUCACUAGAUUUAUGAAAGGGCUUAUAUUUUUCACACCACCAAGCUAAAAGCUACUUUGAAAGCGACUCCUUCUAACAAGACAACGAAAUCUUCUAUAGCGAAUAUUCAUCAUUUCAUUAACAAAGCUUUAAAAAAGAAACAAUAUUAGUCUAAUUGAUGCAAUCAAGGAUCAGUAUAAUGUUCAUGUGAUGCCUUAAAUUUUUCUGUUCCUAUUAUUAAAUUUAAGUAGGAGGAAUGCUAUAUUAGUUGAAGUAACAUGAUUUAUGUUUCCAAUUUAAAAAUUGUGGAUGCUUAUUGAACGAAUGAUGGAAUAAUUUUAUAAUGUCAAUUAAUAAUAUCUGUUGAAUAAUUUUGUGAAUAGCGGAUUUCAAUGUAAAUUGUGAAUUGUAAAAAUUUAUAUCACAGUUUCUAGUGCUUUCACAGCCUAUCUUCUCUUCUAAAGCCAAUUUUUUUUAAUAUUAGUAGCCUACUACUUAAUUCAAAUGUAAAUAAUACAAAAAUAAAAUAUAAAUUACAAUAUUUAAAAGCAUAUUAAUAGUUACUGCAUUUAGAAUUUAAUUGACACCUUAUUCAGAAUUCUAGCAUUCAUACAUCGAAUUACUUGAUCAUUCUGAAAUUUACAGUUUCUUAUGUACUUGGGUGACGGUACUUCAUUUGUGUAGCUUGUAUUGAUCAUAUCACUAGAAGCAAAUCAUUGUAUUGCAAUAAAAUGUUGACUAUUCAAAAAUGAAAUUACCUACUGUAAAUUGUAAAUCAACUAUUUCUUUAUUUAAAUAAGAGUAAUCAAUUUAUUUUACAAUAAACAAAUUGAUCCAA